AUGGCUACCAAGUUCCCAUGCCUCCCUGCACCCAGAUUCGCGCCCCAGAAACCUUCGCCUCUCAGUCAACCUGCAGCUACCCCUCCAACCGAGCCUCCCAACUCGCAGCCCCAGCCAUCCACCAAUGCUCCCAGCAGCACCGCCCCUCCUAAGAAGAAGAAGAAGAAACCAAUUCAGCCCCCUCCCCCCGUCGUCGCAGAUUCCGGGCCGGGCAAGCAUUUUGCCACUCAAAUAUUCAAAUUAGUCGACACACUCAAGCAAUGCAAUGGCCCUAUGAAUCUGUCCGACCUCGAGGCCCAAACGGGAGUCCGAGGCUUACUAUCCGAGCAUACCGAUGUGCCCUUCAAUAAAGAACUGUUCGACGCUUUCAACUCGCACGAGCGAGUCAAUGUCAUUGACAAAGGACUGGUCAAGUUGUGGAGCUACAAGCCGGACUACAUCAUCAAUAAUGCCCAACACGUCCUUGACCUGUUGAAACGAUUUUCCGAUCGAGGAGGCAUGCCAGUGAACACCCUCAAAGCAAGCUGGCCAGGAGUCAUGACAGCUAUCACUGAGCUUGAAAACGAAGGCAAGAUCCUCGUCUUCAGAACUGAUAGUGUGGGUGCCAAAGAAGGUGUCGUCAAGACCGUCUUCUAUGACGAAUUGGGCUGCCGGGAAAACCUGGGUCCGACCCGAGGUGCUCUUGAUGAAGAGUUCCGAGAGAUGUGGCAUUCACUCCUAACACCACCGGCAGAUUCCUUGCCGCUGGAGCUGCAGGAGGCUGGCUUGACAUCAUCAGCUGUUGCUACCGUCAAACCUCAACAGACUACCCGGAAAACCAAGAAGAGGGGCGGCAAGGGCGGCAAGGUUAAGAUCACUAACACUCAUCUCAAGGAUCUUGGAAUCGAUCUGAGCAAAGAUUACGUUCCUAGCAAAAAAUAG